CUUAUUACUAACUAAGAUAAAAGAGGGAGACAGAGAGGGAGGUCUGGCACUGGCAGCGAUUGAGAGAGAGAGAGAGAGAGAGAGGAUUUUGCUUUCAACAAUCGAAGAAGAUGAAGAUAAAAGAGCCUGCGAAGCAAAUGCAUGGAAGAAGAAGCUCCACUUUCGUAGCCCUAAUCGUAAGACCAGAUCAGAUGAAAGAAAAUCCCAUAGAAUUGAAUCCAUAUUUUAAGAAUAAUGGAACUGGUUAUCCAGAAGAAGCUGAUGGGACAAAGGCCGGACAGAACCAACUUCUGUCUUCUGCUGUUGUUGGAGAUGGAGGUGCAAGUUGGAGACUGAAAGCCUUGAAGCGAGCUCAGGAGCAGGCAGCUCGUGAAGGAAUGGCCCUUGUGGAGGUUGUUGGAGAGCGGUGGGGAUCCCUAGCUCAGCUGGCAGUUUCUGUGGCAUCUCGUACAGCUGCUCCGUCACGGGCUCACCUCCAUGCCAUAAAAAAUAGAAAGAAGGGGCUAAGUGAGGAACAACAAACAACUGAAAAGAAUAUUGGCCGAGAAAGGCUAAGGGAUCGUCGCCAUUCAGAGAUGAAAGUGCCUAAGCUUCAUGAUUCUUUAUCUUGGGGCAAGCGGAAAAGUCAAAUCAUGUCAUCUAAUAAAGAUUCUGAUCUUAUCUCUACUGCAAUGGCAAGCUUAAAUAAGUUUGCAAACGAUGGCAACUUUAUGAGCGAAGUUAUUCGUCAGCAGAAUGAUGAACGCGGUGGUUCUCCAUAUAAUUGUGAGAGAAAUCAGAAACCUGGUGAAUCUAGUGCAGUUGUUAAUCAGGGAAUGAGUGCUAACCAGUUGGCCGCAAAAGCUUUGCAACUUUGUUUGAAAGGAAAGCAUGAAGAAGCUGAAAAACUUUUGAAAGAAGUGGAGAACAUUAAAGCGAAGCAAGGUAUUGUGGAUGAAUCCGGUGAAGCACAAAAUGAGAGCAACAAAAGAAAAUAUGGCACACAUGACACAUCUAUUCGGAAAAGAAAGAAAGAAGAUGAUGCUGACAUGCACCUUGCCCAAAAGAUAGCACAAAAUAAACAGGACAGUAUAUCUGGUCGGGCAGAUGAUGAAUAUGAUUUUGAUGAUGGUCCAAGGAGAAAGACUCGAAAGAAAGGGGCCAAAGAUAAUAAGUUAACUGAGAAGACUAAUUUUCCCCAGCAAAUCUUGACUCAGCAAGAGCGUUGCCAAUUCUGUUUUGAGAACCCCAGCAGGCCAAGACAUCUUGUGGUUGCUAUAGCCAAUUUCACCUACCUCAGUUUACCACACUGGCAGUCCAUUGUGCCAGGCCAUUGCUGCAUUUUAACCUCGCAGCAUGAGUCAGCCACAAGGGCUGUUGACAAUAAUGUGUGGGAUGAAAUUCGGAACUUCAAGAAAUGCCUUAUCAUGAUGUUUGCAAAGCAAGUGAAGGAUGUAGUGUUCCUUGAAACUGUGAUGGGAUUGGCGCAGCAAAGGCGUCAUUGUAUGGUCGAGUGCAUUCCUUUGCCCCAAGACAUAGCAAAACAGGCACCUCUCUAUUUUAAGAAGGCAAUUGAUGAAGCUGAAGAUGAGUGGAGCCAGCACAAUUCAAAGAAGCUCAUUGAUACAAGUGAAAAGGGGUUGCGUGGUUCAAUCCCCAAGGAUUUUCCGUACUUCCAUGUUGAAUUUGGAUUGAAUAAGGGGUUUGUUCAUGUUAUGGACGAUGAAAAGCAGUUCAAAAGCAGCUUUGGACUCAAUGUUAUAAGGGGGAUGCUGCGAUUGCCGGAAGAGGACAUGUAUGGUCGUAGGAAGCAUGAUUCAGUGGAGACACAAAAGCAAGCUGCUGCGAGUUUUGUCAAAGAUUGGGAACCUUUUGAUUGGACGAAACAACUUGACUAAACAGCAUUCUAUUUCCUGAACUAUGUGAUGCUCUUGUGCAUAUUUGGUGCAACCGAACCAAAUUUUACAAGGUAUAUGGUCAACUACACUAGCCUAGCUGAUACAACUAUAUAUUAGCUGCAAAAUUCUUCAAACAGUAUCCAAAUGAACAAUAUGGAUGUGAAACUUCUCCAAAGUUCCCAAUUGAGGGGAAUAUCAGUUUGCAGCCUUCUCAGCUGGUAUAUGCAACACAUGGUUAAUAUAUCCGGGGAUAAAUAAUUACAUUGAUAGUCUAUAUAUUUUGGCCCUCAUAUUAUUUUGAUCUUUAUAAUUUUAAUUGACUCGUUUUUGAUCAUGAAUUUAUGAUUUUGUCUUAGUUUAAUCUAAAUGAUAACAACCGUGUGACGACCCUGGCAUGUAUAUUAUUUCAUUGAGAGAAUUUGCUAA